GUAGUUUCCACUUUUCACUGCUUUACUCUCCACCUCCACUGUUCUCCACGCGGGGCCCACGAGAGUCACGAAUAUAUAAAUUUAUCAAUAAAUACAUGAUUUUUUAAUACAAACUGUACAAUGGAGAAUUUUCCCAGAGGCGGGAAAAAACCCGCAAUUAAGAGAUCAUCAAAUACGUUGUUUGACGAGCAAUCUAAAUCAAACAAGAAACAUAAAACUCAAAUAAAAAAAAAAGAUAAUACAAAUAUGAGAGAAAUAAAUUUUAUUGCUACUGCAGAACGUUUAUCCAAUGCAACAUUACGUGAAGGAAUGACAAUUCUUGGCCGAAUUUCACGAGUGUCAGAAUAUGAUUUAAUUGUAUCUAUACCAGGCGGAAUUUUAGGACGUGUAGAAGUCACAAGUCUCAGCGAGUCAUAUACAAAUCUGUUGCAAGAUAUAAUCAGCACAAAAUCUAUCCAGUCAAAUGAAUUUAAGCCUUUGCCAGAUUUAUAUAAUCCUGGUAAUUAUGUAGUGUGUUAUGUCAAAAGUAUAAAUCUUCAAGGAAAAUGGUUGUACAGCUUAUCUCUGGAACCACAGUUAAUAAAUCAAAAUGUACACAACAGAUAUCUUGUAAAAAAUUCAAAGAUAGUUUGCACUAUUAAGAGUAUAGAAGAUCAUGGCUAUGUAGUUGACACAGGCAUAGCUAAUGUUAGAGCAUUUCUCGCUACUGAGAAUGUUGAUAAAGAAAAGAAAUAUUUUCCAGGUAAUCAACUUUUGUGUAUAAUUAAGGAAAUAGAAACAACAGAUUACUCGUUUGUCAUCAAAUUAUCAGCUAAGAAAAAAAAAGUUGAUAAUGUUAUCAUACAUGAGGUAGCUUCUUUAGAUGUUAUAACACCAGGAACAAAAUUAUCCCUUUGUGUGACAAAGGUGCUCUCUAAUGGUUUGCAAGUUACAUUUGGAAAAGAUAACAUUGGAUACAUAAACCAAAUAUAUCUAAACAAUCCUUUAUCCAUGUAUACAGAAAAUAUGGAAGUGACUGGUAUAUUAUUAUAUAUAUUACCAACUGUGAAAUUGGCUUAUUUUAGUCUACUAACUGACGAAUCGGAAAAAGAGAGAUUGAGUAAAGGCGAUAUUAUACGAAAGGCCAAAGUUUUAUAUAGGGAAUCCAAUGGGAUAAUUUUAAACAUAUCCAAAUCUGGACUACGUGGUUUUGUUUCUUUACUAAAAACCAAUGUCCCGUUUGCCAAAAUUCCGACCAAAUUUAAGCAAGGUUCCACGCAUAAGUGCAGAAUACUCGCGUAUAACUGGAUGGAACAUCUUUAUGUCUGUACAAUGGAGGAUGAAAUUUUAAAACAAAAAUAUUUUUCAGCUUCUGAUCUUAACUAUGGCGAUAUUAUUACUGUAACUAUUACCGAUAUUGAUACAAGUAAUGGCUAUAUACAUGUACAAGCAGGAAACGUUUCGGGAUUUGUUCCACCGAUACACGUAUCUGAUAGUGGUUUAAGUGCAUUAAAUAAAUUGAAAAUCAGAGAUAGCAUUGAAGCAAGAGUCUUGCAUCUCAAAACUUCUAGUUACAAUAUGAAUGUAAUGUUUACUCUGAAACAGUCACUAAUAAAAAGCAAACUACCAGUUUUACAUGAUAUUCAUGAUGCACAAUGUGGAUCAAAAUAUCAUGGUACAAUCACUAAAAUAGAUAAAAAUGGUUUACUGGUGAGAUUUUAUGGAGCUCUAAAAGGAUGGGUACCGCGCACUGCAUUAAACAGCGACACACAUAAUAUGAAUUGGAAUUACUCUAUUGGUCAAACUCUUACUAUAUGUAUUGAAGAUAUAGAAAAGAAUGAAAGUAAAAUGAAACUAAAGAUCGUCACUGAAGAACAAAAACAACAGACUAUAAGUUUUUCUAUUGGAGAAAUGAUCAAAGGAACAGUUACAGAAUCGUCCAUUAAGGGAGUAUACUUGAGGAUACAUGGAAAAGAUAAUGAAAACGUCACGACAGGCUUCUUACCAGCGGGUCAUAUGGCUCCAUGUAUCGAAAUCGGCAGUUUAUUGGCAUCAAGAUGUACUCCUGGAGAUGUAAUUUCAGCUUUAGUUUUCGCUACAAAGCCAGGUCUAAUACUAUCGCGUACUUUUGUGACAGAAGAAAAAUAUAGGAGUUUUGAUUUAUUAAAAAUAGGCGAUUGCAUUCCAUGCACAAUCAGAGAUAUAUCGCAAGACGGCGUGAGAGUUAUUUUACCUAUCGAGAAUUAUUCGAAAUUGGGAUUUGUAUCUUAUAAGCAUAUUAGCAAUUUUGAAUUAUUACACGUAAAUCAAAUAUUAUUCGUUAAAAUCACGGCUAUCAAUACACGAGAGAAAUACUUAACUCUGACAAUGGCAUUGAAAGAUGUAUGGGAUAGUCCACUGGAGAAGGAAGUUAAAAUGAUGACAGCAGUGGAUGUUUUGAGUUUGUAUCUCAACAGAUUAUCGGAACUAGCAAAGAAUACGUUUUACGACAACAAACCCAUUUCAUCGGCAGUCUUGGGUCAAAAGAUUACUGGUAUCGUCGAAAAGAUUACCGAACACGGUCUUGUACUACGAUUAGAUAAUCAUUUGAUGGGUACAGUACGCAAAGAUCAUUAUUCCGGCGAGUUUCAAGUUGGGGACAAGGUGUCCGGUACAAUCUUGUGGAAGAACUACGUUCACGAACUCGUUGAUGUAUCAUUAUUACCGAGAAUAAUAAACAGCAUUAGUUCGAAACAAAAAACAUUACCGGAACUUCCCACUGGAGUUGUGCUGAGAGCUGAAAUUUUAAUGAUUACGAAGUGGUUGAUACUUGUUUUGAUAAAACGCAAUGGUGUAGGAUAUUUAGCAACAUUACCCGUCCGCCGACACCUUAAUGACAUAUCUCCCGAUUUAACGCCUUACACAAUACAUGCCAGAAUUCGAUUAUAUGUUAUAAUAACGGGAAAUGAAUCUGAUAUUGUUCCUGUCUGUAUGCUAAAGUCUGCAUUUGAAACAAAAAUCCCAAAAGAUACAGCUGCAAUUACGAAGAAAAAAUUAAAAAGAAAGAAAAUAUCCGAACAACACAAUGUAACACUUACAAAUCUACCGGAACAAGUAUCAGGGAAAGAUAAUAAGCAAGAAAAUGAAGCCGAAAUCAAAGAAGAUGAAACUAGAAUAAAGGAUAUAGAUCAGUACUCCGAAUUAAGCAAUGAUUCAUCCGAUGAGAGUGAGAAAGGGGAAGAUGAACCAAUUGCUGAUAAAUUACAUAUUCAAGAAUGUGGAUUUUCCUGGGACGAUAAAGCAAACUUAGCUAUUUCAGCUGAAACAUCUAGCGAUGAUGAAGAGGAACCUGAGGAGGAACCUAAGCGAAAAAAGAAAUUAAGCGCAGCCGAGCGUCGAGAACAGGAACGCGAGAAAGAACGCAAGAUCCGUCAGCGAGAGGAAGCUCUGGCGAGUAAUAAAAUACCCAACUCGACGGAUCAAUUCGAUAGAUUAGUUUUAUCGAAUCCCGACAGUUCCUUAGUCUGGUUACAAUAUAUGGCGUAUCAUUUGCAAGCUACGGAAAUUGAUAAAGCGAGAGCGAUCGCGAAACGAGCUAUCAAAACGAUCAAUUUCAGAGAAGAAAACGAACGGCUAAAUGUAUGGAACGCUUGGCUAAAUUUAGAAUCUAGAUUCGGUACUCCGGAAUCUUUGAACGAUGUCUUCCGGGAAGCUGUGCAAACCAAUGACGCAUUCAAAAUAUAUACACAUAUGUUGACUGUACAUGCGGAUGCUGGUAGAAAGAUCGAGUUAGAAAAAUUGAUCAACACUAUAAUUAGCAAGUUCAAACAAGAUCCUCAAACGUGGAUAAACUGUGGUGCUGCGUUAUUGAAGAUCGGUCUGAAAGAAAAAUCGCGACACAUUAUGCAACGGGCGGUGCAAUCGUUGCCUGCGUCUCAACAUGUGAAUUUGUUGGUAAGAUUUGCGAAUUUGGAGAACAAAUUGGGAGAUAAAGAACGAGCACAGACUUUAUUCGAGCACAUUCUGAGUUCUUAUCCAAAACGUGUUGAUGUAUGGUCAUGUUAUGUAGACUGCUUAAUAAAAUCUGAAGACAUUGAUAUAGCUAGGAGAGUAUUGGAACGAGCCUGUGUUCAAACCCUUCCAGCAAGAAAAAUGAAGACUUUAUUUACAAAGUUCAAAAAUUUUGAGGAAAGGUAUGGCACACCUGAAACUGUAGCACGUAUAGUACAAAUGGCUGCUGAUUAUGUCGAGAAACAAUGUAAUAAAUAAUAGUAUAAUAAAUAAAAACUGUCUAAAAUUAAAA